CCGCGCCCCCAAGCCGCGGCGACGCCCGGCCAGCCCCACCACCCCGCCCGGGCUGGUGCCAAGCAGUGCCGCCCCCACUCCCCUCGGCGGGGCGCGCGCGACUCGGGACUCGGGGACACUCGGGCCCGGCCCCCGCCCGCGGGGUUUCCGCGCCUGCCGCGGGCGGGGCAGGAGGGCGGGCGGGGGCGGGGGCGGGGUCUGCGACUAUUUCAGGCGGCGCCGGGCUCUGCGGGGACAGCGGCGGCCCGGCCCGGACACAGCCCGAGUCGGGGUGAUGCUGAAGAUGAUGACCUUCUUCCAAGGCCUACCCGGCCAGCAGACUGUCCCAGGGGUUCCCGACUUCCCCACAAGCUCCCAGAAGUUGCCCCCCGCCUCAGAGGUGGAAUCAGAGGCCUCCAUGUCGGAGGCCUCUUCUGAGGACCUGGUGCCACCCCAGGAGGCCAAGGGAGCCCCGCACAGGGAUGAGGAAGAGGCUACCAAGAAGAAGAAGAAGAAGAGGCCAAAAGGACUGGCCAACGUGUUCAGCGUCUUCACCAAAGGAAGGAAGAAGAAGGGUCAGCCCAGCUCGGCACAGCCAGAGGGCCAGCCCGAGUCCCAGCCUGAGCCGAGUGGCCCGCUGCCCACAGCGGAGGAGCUCAAGGCGGACCUGGAGCGCGGGCGGCUGGAGGCGGCGCGGCCGCUGCUGGUGCUGGAGCGCGAGCUGCAGGCGGCGGCGGCGGCGGGCGGCGAGAGCGCGGAGGAGCUGGUGCGGCGCCAGAGCAAGGUGGAGGCGCUGUACGCGCUGCUGCGCCACCAGGUGCUCGGCCUGCUGCUGCGGCCGCUGGACGUGGCGCCCGAGCGGCUGCGCCAGGCGCUGGUGGCCGCGCGGCCCCGGCGCUGGCUGCAGCUGUGGCGGCGCGGCGUGGAGGAGGCGGCCGAGGAGCGCCUGGGCCGCCGGCCGGCCGCGGGCGCCGAGGGCCUCUCGGAGGCCGAGCGCACCUUUCUGCACAUGGGCCGCACCAUGAAGGAGGACCUGGAGGCCGUGGUGGAGCGACUGAAGCCGCUGUUCCCCGCCGAGCUGGACGUGGUGGCCGCCUACGCCGAGAGCUACCACCGGCACUUCGCGGCCCAGCUGGCGGCCAUGGCGCAGUUCGAGCUGUGCGAGCGCGACACCUACAUGCUGCUGGUCUGGGUGCAGAACCUCUACCCCAAUGACAUCAUCAACAGUCCGAAGCUGGCCGGGGAGCUGCAGAGACUCAGGCUUGGGAGCCUCCUGCCCCCCAGGCAGAUCCGGCUGCUGGAGACCACGUUCCUGUCCAAUGAGAUGACCAGUGUGAAGGAGUUGAUGGCCCGUGCCCUGGAGCUAGAGUGCCAGCGCUGGGCCCGGGAUGUGGCUCCCCAGAGGCUGGACAGCCACUGCCACAGCGAGCUGGCCAUUGACAUCAUCCAGAUCAUCUCCCAGGGCCAGGCCAAGGCCGAGAGCAUCACCCUUGACCUGGGCACGCAGAUAAAGCAGAUGCUGCUCCUGGAGCUGGCCACAUUCCUGAGGAGCUACCAGCGAGCCUUUGAUGAAUUUCUGGAGAGAGGCAAGCAGCUGAGAAAUUACAGGGCCAACGUCAUUGCCAAUAUCAACAACUGCCUGUCCUUCCGGACAGCCAUGCAGCAGAAAUGGCAGACACAAGACCUCCCCGGCCACCUGCUGGGCCCCCUGAGUGAGCUCAAGAGUCAUGGCUUUGACACCCUGCUCCAGAGCCUGUUCGGGGACCUGAAGCCGCUGUUUAAGAGGUUUACACAGACCCGCUGGGCCGCCCCCGCACAGACCCUGGAGGAAAUCAUCUCCACCGUGGGCGAGAGGCUGCCUGAGUUUUCGGAACUGCAUGACUGUUUCCGGGAGGAGCUCAUGGAGGUUGUACACCUGCACCUGGUGAAGGAGUACAUCGUCCGCCUCAGCAAGCGGAGCCUGGUCCUCAAGUCCGCGGAGCAGCAGCAGCAACUGGCGGGUCACAUCCUGGCCAAUGCCGAGCUCAUCCAGCGUUUCUGCACUCAGAACGGCUCCCCAGCGACCUGGCUGCAUCACGCCCUCCCCAAGCUUGCCGAGAUCAUUCGCCUGCAAGACCCCAGUGCCAUCAAGAUUGAGGUGGCCACUUAUGCGACCUGGUACCCUGACUUCAGCAAAGGCCACUUGAGUGCCAUCUUGGCCAUCAAGGGAAACCUAUCGAGCAGUGAGGUCAAGAGCAUCCGAAGCAUCCUGGACGUCAGCACGGGGACACAUGAGCCCUUCAAGUCCCUAUUUUCGCUUAUAAAAGUUGGUUAGCUUUUCCUGCCACCUGA